CUGCACCACGCCGCGCUCAACGGCCACCUCGAGAUGGUGAAUUUGCUCUUAGCCAAGGGGGCAAACAUCAAUGCUUUUGACAAAAAGGACAGAAGAGCUCUUCACUGGGCAGCGUACAUGGGUCACCUGGAAGUUGUUGCCUUACUGAUUAAUCAUGGUGCAGAAGUGACCUGUAAAGACAAGAAGGGUUACACCCCACUUCAUGCAGCUGCAUCCAAUGGGCAGAUUAACAUUGUGAAACACCUCCUUAACCUGGGGGUAGAGAUUGAUGAAAUGAACAUCUAUGGAAAUACUGCUCUUCACAUUGCCUGUUACAACGGUCAGGACUCUGUUGUUAACGAGCUGAUUGACUAUGGUGCUAAUGUAAAUCAGCCUAAUAAUAAUGGAUUCACUCCCCUGCAUUUUGCUGCUGCCUCCACUCAUGGAGCUCUGUGUCUGGAGCUACUAGUGAACAAUGGGGCAGAUGUUAACAUCCAGAGUAAGGAUGGGAAGAGCCCACUGCACAUGACAGCUGUCCAUGGAAGGUUCACGCGGUCGCAGACCCUCAUUCAGAACGGAGGGGAAAUCGACUGUGUGGAUAAGGAUGGCAACACCCCUCUGCACGUGGCUGCGAGAUACGGGCACGAGCUUUUGAUCAACACCCUCAUCACCAGCGGAGCCGACACUGCCAAGUGUGGGAUCCACAACAUGUUCCCUUUGCACCUGGCAGCGUUGAACGCUCACUCAGACUGCUGCAGGAAGCUGCUGUCCUCAGGCUUUGAAAUAGACACCCCUGAUAGUUUUGGAAGAACGUGCCUCCACGCUGCCGCUGCAGGAGGUAACGUUGAAUGUAUAAAACUCUUGCAAAGCAGUGGAGCAGAUUUUAAUAAGAAGGACAAAUGUGGGAGGACGCCUUUGCACUAUGCAGCUGCAAAUUGUCAUUUCCACUGUAUAGAGACACUGGUGACAACAGGAGCCAAUAUUAAUGAGACAGAUGACUGGGGACGUACCCCUUUGCACUAUGCUGCUGCUUCUGACAUGGACAGAAAAAAGAAUAUUUUAGGUAACUCCCAUGAAAAUUCUGAAGAACUUGAAAAAGCCAGUGAGAUGAAGGAAAAAGAAGCUGCGUUGUGUCUAGAGUUCCUUCUACAAAAUGAUGCCAAUCCAUCCAUCCAAGACAAAGAGGGGUACAACACUGUGCAUUAUGCUGCUGCGUACGGGCACCGGCAGUGUCUGGAACUG